GGAGGAAAAUACUUUACUUAGCACGUGACUUUCCAUAAAGUUGUGCUUCCAUUUUUGGAUUAAUGAUUAUCGAUUUAUCCUUGUGUUACUACUGACUCAACAACGCCCACCACGAUCGAUUGCAUAUCGCUAACUAUGGCGGCGUCUAAGACGAUUCUUGAUAUCCGUGGCAAACAGUUGAAGCUCGAAACAGCUUCUGACGUUACCCCAUUCACCACCGGCGUCGACCCUACCAAACUCACAGCUAUCCACCUUGGAGGCAAUUCAAUCGGCGUGGAUGCUGCCAAAGAGUUUGGUCGAUUCCUCGAGACUGCGGACGUGAUUCAACUUGCAGACUUGGCAGAUAUUUUCACGGGACGUACUAUCGAGGAGAUCCCUGUUGCUAUUCAAGCACUUCUCGAUCCACUCUUAAACAAGACCUCCCUUCGAGAGAUAAACCUCAACGAUAACGCGUUUGGAGAGCGUGUUGUACCCUUCCUUACACCCUUCCUCGAAACCAAUCACUCUAUACGCGUCCUCCGCCUUAAUAACAAUGGCCUCGGACCCGCUGGUGGCAAGAAGAUUGCAGAAGCUGUGUGCAAGUCUGCACCAACAGAUGGCUCACGAUCAAAUCUUGAGGUUGUCAUCUGCGGCCGCAAUCGGCUAGAGGAUCCAGGAGCUAUUGCAUGGGCCAAGGCAUUCGAGGCGCACAAGACACUCACAGAGGUGCAAAUGCCCCAGAAUGGCAUUCGUAUGGAUGGUGCUGAGGCCCUUGGGCGAGGUCUUGUCGCAUGCUCUGAAUUGCAGAUUGUCAAUUUCCAGGACAAUGCAUUCAUAGACGUGGAUAUGGAUGAAGAAGGUCGGAAAGCUGUUCGUGCAUGGGGUGAGGCCGUCAAAACCAGCUGGCCAAAGUUACGCUUCCUAGACCUCUCUGACUGCAUGCUCUCGAACGGAGAAGGCGAAGUACCACCACUCCUAGAGGCUUUCAACGAUGCGAAUACAAAAAGCCUUCAGAAUCUUCAGGAGCUACGACUGCAAAACAACAACCUCGAUGCCAAAAGCUACGAGGUCCUAGCCCAAGCCGUGACGAAGUUGACCAAGCUGAAACGGCUAGACUUGCAGGACAAUGAUGACGUUGAAGAUAACGAACAUCUAGAUGACAUUGCUGAACACCUGAAAGCUCACGGCGGC